AUUGAAAACAUCAUUAUCAAUUACUUUGGUUUUGAAUAUAUUUUUAAUCCCAGGUACAGAGCUGAUGCUAGUUAUGCAACAUGUACACGACACUGUUCGGUCAACGGUGAAUGGAAUUCUUGGCAUCCAUGGGCUGUAUGGGGGUCUUGUGACCAAAAUUGUGGCGGUGGUACCCGUGAGCGGUAUGCUAUUCGUUAUUGUAAUAACCCAACACCGAAAAACGGAGGAAAACCGUGCCCAGGAUCUAAUAUCAGGAACCAAAAGGAAAAGUGUAACAUUCACCCGUGUCCAAGAGAUGGUGGCUGGAGUUCUUGGGCUCCCUGGGCAGAAUGGGGGUCAUGUGACAAAACUUGUGGAAAAGGGAUUCAAACCCGGAGAAGUAGACGACGGUGUGAUAAUCCCACUCCCAAAUACGGCGGAGUGAAUUGUCCCGGGUCAGUGGUCAAAAGUGAGACUAAAACAUGCCUUAUCCGAGGAUGUUUAGUGAACGGUGGAUGGAGUAACUAUGGCCCCUGGAGUACAUUCAGUAAAUGUACAAAGACGUGUGACGGCGGUGGAAAGACGAAAUAUAGAUACAGGGAAUGUAACAAUCCUAAACCACAACAUAGCGGACGAAGCUGUCCAGGGGAAUCAAUCCUAGCGGAACAUCAACCAUGCAACACCGAUCCUUGUCGAGGGAACUUGGAAAAAACUACGGCAUCAAUCAUAACUAAAGAAAACGUUGAUUUAUCUAACAAAACUGAAAACGGAAGCUCUGACCACAAAGAAAAUGGGUUAGAUGCUUCUGAUCCUGGUAACGACUCGGUUAAUGGAAAUGCGACAUCCACAAGCGAAAAUUCUCAGAACAACAACAGCAGUUCUGAGAUCGAGGUGACCACAUCUAGUACGACAACUACAUCAGAGAAAACAACAACUACCACAGAAAAAAACAACAGGAAUGACAACAAACUCUGA